UAUUAUCUCUGACGUUGUUGUGACAGUGUUUUAAAUGUACGCGUGAUGUGACUGUUACGCUGGCUGUCGUAUGAAGAAUACAGCACUGAAAAUACUCAUAAGCAGAUAUGUUAAAUAGAUAGUUAAAAGAUGGCCGACUCACGGGAAAACUCAAGCAACUUGUUUGUGGAAGUUAUCGUAAGAGUCGUGUUGGCACUGAUAUUUAUUGAACUGGAAGGUGCAAAACCCUUUUCAAGGAAAAUACACCCUGAUGAAUUAUGGUUGUAUAAAAAUCCCAGAAGUGAGAGCUAUGUUCCUGUUGUUAUGUUAUGGCCCCUGGUUUUCAUUACACCAGCAGCUGUCAUAUUUGCCAUGUUCCUACUCCAGAGGGACAAAAUUGAUGUUUGUCAGGCAGUUCUGAGUUUGACUUUAGGGCUUUCCCUAAAUGGUGCACUCACUAACAUGAUUAAAUUGAUUGUUGGACGACCGCGACCUGACUUUUUCUGGCGCUGCUUUCCAGAUGGAGAAGUUAACCCUGAUCUAGAGUGCACAGGAGAUGAGAGUGUAGUCUGGGAGGGACGUAAAAGUUUUCCUAGUGGGCAUUCAUCUUUUUCAUUUGCAAGUAUGGGGUUUGUUGCUUUCUACUUGGCUGGGAAGCUUCAUGUUUUUACACCAUUUGGAAGAGGAAGAUCUUGGCGCCUGUGCAUCUUUCUUGCACCUCUUACAGUAGCAACCUGUGUAGCCCUGAGCCGGACAUGUGAUUAUCAUCAUCAUUGGCAAGAUGUGUUGUGUGGCUCUCUCUUGGGUCUGUCAAUAUCAUACCUUUGCUAUCGACAGUAUUACCCAAGUUUAGACUCACUCCAUGCCCACAGACCUUAUGUUGGUAUUAUUCCAUACUUGGAGCUUGAUGCUGUUCGCAGUACAGGACAGCCACGUCCUCCUGAGGAACAAGUCAAAUGGAUAUAAACUUGAAAUCUUCUUCACAUAUGGAUUUAAACUGCAAGGUUCUAAUAUGUUUUUGCGAAACAAAGUUCUGCAUUUAUCCCAGAAAGUUUGAAAUUGACACCUGAAAGCAUUAGGAGGCUGAACCACUCAUGGGAUUUGGAUGAAGAAGCAAUUCUAACAAAGUAAUAGAAAUAGAUUCUGUGUGAAAUUCAGCAAAACAUCAGGCUUGUGUUGCAGUGGAAGAAUUUGUACAAAUCUCAGCAAUGACAAUCUUUAAUCAUGAAUCAAUGAAUCAUGAAUCAAUAUUUAGUGACAUACUCACCUUUUAUUCUCUUGAAUGUGCGCUGGAAGUUGUUUUCUCAUAGAUUUCCUUUAUUCUAAUAUUCAAGUUGUUGUUUCCUUUGUUUCUUCAAUUUAUCUAUAUAUUUUUUAUUUUCUUGUAGCUUCUGCAAGAAAAGGUACUGAAAGUUAAGAUUGGAUUGGAUUGGGAAUAAAAGUUGAUGGAUGAGUUGAGUAAAUUAAGAUGGUGGUGGGGGGACAACAGACUGAAAAACCAAAUGUAUCAAGAUGAAAGAUUGCACCAUCAUUGAGGCAGCACACAACACAAAAGGCAACAGUUAGGGUUUCAGAUAUAAAAUGCAGUUUAGCUGGUUGACCAAAAGUUGUUUUAUAAUUAUAUUAAAUACCUGUCUUAGGUGUCUUGAUUCAAGUUUCAUUAACUCCUCUGAAUCCUCCAAAAGAAGGAUCACAUUGCCAGUUUUCACUGUCACUGUUGAUUCCUGUCCAGUCGUGGCUAGAUUUGAAUUAAUAUGUUGUGAGGUAAUUUUCAGAAUGUUUCUAACCUUAAAACUCACAAGUAAAGGAGCACUGUUUAAAAUGAAACAUUGCUGAAUCCUUCAUAUUAUACGAUCUCUUGUGAAUAUAGGGUGAAGUAACAUGGGAAAAGCGAUCGUCUUUCUACUCAGCUUUCGACUGUAUUAACUUCUUCACAAGGAGAUAAAAUUUCCAGUUACAUAGCUGGAUUGUUUAUAGAUGCAUUUUAGUGCAUCAUCAUUAUUAUUAUUAUUAUUCAAAUGUAUGGCAUUGAUAGCAAAUAAGUAAAGUGACUUAAGAAAUGACAAACACUUGUCACGAGUAAUGAUGAUUGUGAAACUGCAGACAAUAUCUUUUUCUUAGGGUAAUUGUUCUGUUUUCUCAAUUAAAUUUUCUUUUUGCAGUUAUUAGGUGUUGUCAUAUAAUUUUUCACUUUGGUGAAACGUAAUGCGAGAUUUUUGUUUUGUUAGGACUGUAUCUCAGUUGCAAUCUUGAAACAGGUUCAUCAUCUAGAUACAUAUUUUGUGGGCAGUCCUCUUUCAGUUGCUCCACCCAGGGAUGCAUUGCAGAUUGUCUCAUUACUUCAAUCUCCCACAGCCUCUCUUUUUUCCAUUUCAAACUCUGCAGACGCUCCCUAUCUAAUAUUUCAGGUAUGAUGAGCACAGCAAACACUUAACCAGAAGUAAAAUAUGUCAUCCAUUAACAACCUUGAAUCUGUGGAUAUGUCAGUCUUUCUGCAGCAUUCUUUAUCUUGACACCCUAGUCCUGCAGUAAUGAAAUUUAUAGAGGGAGGAACAGAAAAAUGAAAUAUGCCUUUCAUUACAGAAGUGUUUCUCUGUUCAAAUAGUACAAAGAACACGAAAAAAAAAAUAUUUGCGACAUGAUGACCAUCAUUUUAUUCAUAUAUUAGUGAAAUAUUCUGUAUAUUAGUGAACUAUUCUGUCAGAUACAUGAUAAAAUGGGAGGCAAAGAUACGGAGGAACUAGUUUUCAUAUUUCACUACAUGUAAGGAAGGAUACAAACGUUCUAAGAGAUGAUGCCCUCACAGAGAUGAAAAUUGUCUUUUUGAGAUAUUAUUUAGCAAUAAUCUGCAUAUUCUGUAUUUUACCUUCUUUCUGUCUUUUUUUCACAGUUGUGAAAAUUUCUGUUUUGCUUGUGUUCUAAUUAAACAUUUGUAUGAAGGAUGAAACUUGAGAAUGUCUCAAACUGUACUGCACACCUAAGGACAAUUAGAAGCAUAUGAACCUAUAAACUUUUUCUUGGUUGUGCUGGAAGGGAGCUAUACGGUUUUUGACAGAGAUCAGAUUGAAAAGCUAGCUUAAGCUGUACUUCAUCCACCAAGCAACCGUAGCUCAUUAUGAGCAAUACGGUGAAUAAAAUACAUUGUUGACAUGUCUUCACGUGGUAUGUUUCAUGGUGUAUUCUCCAAAAAGACAAUCUUUGGUUUAAAAAGUCUGAAAUGCUUGCUGUUAAAUGAAGUUGAUAUUGAAUUUUUAAACAGGGCCACAUAUCAAAGGAUUAAAAUCUGGAACAUUUAGUUUAGACAUGAUUUAGUCACAAAAGUGAAGAUUGUAAUAGAUAGAGAUUUAUACAGUGAUCAGUUUUGGUAACCAAGGCCCCUUUCUUCAGGUGCCUGAUACACAGAGGAUGAAACAAAAACAUGUGCUGAAGACAGGAAGAGGAAGUUAAAACCACUUAGAGCUGAAAUGUAACAUCAAUUGUUUGGGUAAAAAUGUAAUUGCUGAUACACGAUAGAUCUACUAAGCUUGUAAAAACUGGAAUUGUGUACAGGCAUGUGUAGAGCGUCACACAGUUUGAGUUCUGCAGUGUUAUACUGUACAGUGAUCUGUUGAAUAAGAUGCUUAGUAACUGAUUGUUACAUAUCUUGAUAAAAGUCCAUGAAUCUCUAUGCCAUGUUUUGUAUAAGUCUGACUGUCAGGUAAAUAAGAGAUAAUGCACCUAUGAUAUCAAUAAUUGUAGCUUUUCAUUUAUUAUUGUAUUGAGUUCUGUAUUAAUUUCCAUUUGUGAUUUUGUGUGAUGUAAAUGGUGUAUAUGAUAUUACAGAAAUAUUUAUAAUAUUUAUAA